CGGAGAAGAUAACGGAGUGGGACCCGCAGGAAGCGGAGGAGGAGAGGCAGGCAAGGCAAGGCAACGCGCCGUCAUCUCCUUCUCCCUCACGCCGAGGAGGUCAGGUCAGGUCAGAGGCCUUCGACUACUAGUCAUGGCCCGCAUCUAGGAGGGAGCAGAAGGGACCGGAUGGGGCGCGCGUUCGUGUACGUGAUCCUGGGCGGCGGCGUGGCCGCGGGCUACGCCGCGCUCGAGUUCGCCCGCCGCGGCGGGUACUCCCGCGGUGAGCUCUGCAUCAUCUCCGAAGAGGCCGUUGCUCCUUAUGAACGUCCUGCAUUAAGCAAAGGAUAUUUACUCCCAGAAGGUGCUGCUCGUCUUCCAGGAUUUCAUACUUGCGUUGGUGCUAAUGAUGAGUUACUGACAACAAAAUGGUACAAAGAACAAGGCAUUGAACUUGUUCUUGGAACAAAAGUGAUUUCUGCUGACGUGAGGCGCAAGACAUUGCUUACAGCCACAGGAGAAACUAUCAGCUAUAAAACUCUUAUUAUUGCGACAGGUGCUCGGGCUCUGAAGUUGCAAGAAUUUGGAAUACAAGGUUCAGAUGCUUCAAACAUAUGUUAUUUACGCAAUAUUGAUGAUGCGGAUAAGUUGGUCAAUGCGAUGAAAUCAUGUCCUGGUGGAAAUGCUGUUGUCAUUGGUGGUGGCUACAUUGGAAUGGAAUGUGCAGCGGCAUUGGUCACUAACAAGAUAAGGGUCACCAUGGUCUUCCCUGAGAAACACUGCAUGGGUCGUCUAUUUACAGAAAAAAUUGCAGAAUAUUAUGAAGACUACUACACCUCAAGAGGGGUCACCUUUGUUAAAGGAACUGUGCUUACAUCCUUUGAAAGAGACACGACAGGGAAGGUGACUGCGGUAAUCCUCAAAGAUGGUAGACACCUUCCUGCUGAUAUGGUAGUGGUUGGUAUUGGCAUCCGUGCGAACACUAGUCUUUUUGAAGGUCAGCUUGUGAUGUCAAUGGAGAAUGGUGGGAUAAAGGUAAAUGGACAGCUGCAGACAAGUGACAGCUCUGUAUAUGCUGUUGGAGAUGUUGCUGCAUUCCCCAUCAAGCUUUUUGAUGGUGAUAUCCGACGGCUUGAGCAUGUUGAUUCAGCUCGAAGAACUGCUAGGCAUGCCGUUGCAUCCAUCUUGGAGCCUUCAAAAACCAGGGACAUCGAUUACCUACCAUUCUUCUACUCCAGGGUCUUCACACUGUCCUGGCAGUUCUAUGGGGAUAAUGUUGGGGAAGUGGUUCACUUUGGAGACUUCACAAGCAGCAGCCCAAGGUUUGGUGCAUAUUGGGUCAAUAAAGGCCGAAUUGCAGGUGCAUUUCUUGAAGGUGGAAGUCGGGAUGAAUACGAGGCCAUAUCAGUAGCUGUUCGGCGGAAAGCAAAGGUCGCAAACAUGGCUGAACUUGAAAAACAAGGCCUGGCGUUUGCCAUUCAGGAGAGCCAGACGGAAGCGCCUGACUGUGGGCUUGCCGUGGUUGGAAAACCUACUUACGCAUGGCAUGCCACAGCUGGUGUGGUCGCAGCAGUGUCAAUCGCUGCGAUUGGUUAUUGGUAUGGCAGGAAGCGUCGCAGGUGGUGAACUCAGGACCACCUCGUUCUAAUUUGUGUGCCAUCUGUUGGGAUCUUGUGGUCAGCUGAUGCAAGAAGACCUGGGAUGUGCUAUUGGGUUCAGCUACUCAAAGCAAGUCCAGUGUAACUUGUAUGAAAGUAUAGUUUCAACUCUCAAAUGUAAACAGAUAGUAUACAAAGUUACAAACACCAUCAUGUACUGUUUAAUGAGCAAAAUUCUGCUGCUAAACUAUCAGGAGCACUCUUGUUGUAAAAUCACAAUUCUUUCCCCAAAUGAGAUGCAGAGUUCUGUGACCUUGCUGGCCACUUUGUCC